AUGCUCAAGGAUUUUUAGUCUUGCAAAAAUUCUAGUUUCGUUACUCCUUUUAAAUUAAUAUUAGAUUUUGGAGAUAGUAAGUCAGCUGCGACACUUCCAGAGACUGAAAAGUAGAACAAAACAAAUGCAGCUAGCAGCUUGAGUAUUAAAAAGGAGAAACUAGAGUAGCACUCUGAUAAAUUUAAUUCAUAUUCUGAUUUCAACACCAGCAGUUUUAAAAAUAGCAAUUUGCUCUCAAAGAUAGAUGAUUAUAGCUACGAUAAACCUAAAAAUUAAGGCUUUAAACUUAGUAAUAUGAUAGAUCAGGUUUAAGAAUAAAAUAAAAUUGAUAAAGAAUAAUAAAGCUAAAUUAAUUAUAAAAUGUUCUAUUCUCAUUUUGAUGAUUCAUACAAAGAUAUAAUGGAGUAUAUAACUACUGAAAGGAGUGAAAAUUAACAAAAAUCAUAGCAAAAAAAUGCUCAAGUCAAGCCAAAAUUCAAAAAAGUUGAAACUAUAAGACCAGAAAUUAUUUUUAAUAUAAAGCAAAUGAUAAGAAUGCAGCGUUUGAGAGCAGAAAAAAUAUACAAAGAAGAAAUUAAGCCUGACGAAAUGAUUGAUUAUAUGAGAAAAAGAAAUCAAAUUGAAAUUAUUUUAGAAAAUAGCAAGUAGAUUAAGAACUUAAAAGGAGUUGCUGAUUUGAUAGAAAAAGAAAUUGAAAUCCAAAAUAAAAAAAUUAAUGAUUUAGUGUAAAAGCUCAUUGUAAAAUUUGGUUUGGAACAGUAUUAAAUCGAGAGUGAACUAGAAAAAUAAAAUCUCAAAAAUAAAUGA